UCCUUCCCUCCAAGUGGCUGUAAAGGUAGCAAAAUGGCGCCCCUUUAUUAAGAAACGAAAGUAGGACGCUAUGAACGGAAGUGUACAGGAAGUGGCUGUUUAAGGAUGUACAGCGAAGACAAGAGAGUACGUCCAUUAGAGUGGAUUUAAGGGUUAACCCUUGGCAAAGGAGUGAUUGUCAUCUCGGAUCGGGGUAACUUCCGGGAUUUAAUCCUGGGCUUCCCCACUUGUGAUGUCCGAGAUGGCGCUGGCGGUAGUAGCUACGAAUGGAAACGGACAGCCUGCAGUUGACACCCCAUCGUAUAUUACAGAGUGUGUAUAUCAACUAGUUCAAAUGACUGGGAAGGAUGGAAAAAAAGUUUUGAAAUUGUAUCCAGCUUCUAAACCUUUAAAUAACUUGAAGCCUCUGGUUCAGUCUCCAGUCGUGUCUCGUGAUGUUAAAGGAAAUGUUUCACUAUCUGUUCAUGAUUAUGCGAAGACUUCAUUUGCAAGUACUAUUACAUCUGCUGCUGCUAAAAUCUCUAAAUUAAAGACAGUUGAACCCAGGCGUUUAAUUUUACCGAAGCCUUUAAAUCAACUAGAACAAGUUAAUGUAACUAUUGUUGUAAAACAAAAUCCAAUUGCAUUAACAGUUUCUGGCAUUCAGAGUAGUUAUUCAGCUGAUAGAUCAUCUUUGCAGAAAUCUUUUGCUCCAAUUUGUUUGGACACAAACACAACAGUUGUGAAAAUGGAAAAUACUCCACUUUCCAUGAAACUGCCAAUGUUACCUUCUGGCCCCCAACUUCAAAUACCUGCUCAUGCUAAAGUUAAAACUCUUCCAGUUUCUGUUUUGCCACUAGUAGUUCAGGACAAAAUCCUAGCUGCAGCCUCAAAUACUUCAGGGACAGGUGAACAUAUCAAUGCACCAAUUUUUAUAUCACCAGUAAAUACAGUGAAGAUGCUUGCUUCUGAAUCAUUGGAAACAAAAUCACUGGGAAAAGUAUCCAGUUCUUUAAUACUGGCGACACCACAGAAGUUUGUCAAUAGCUCUGCUAGUAUGGAAAAUAAGAUGAGUCCUAGCAAAUUGAUUGUUCAUGAAAAUUCACAGUCAUCAACAACUUACCUUGUCCCUGUAAAAUCAUCUAACAAAGUUGCAUCUAAGCUCUUAAUAACAUUGACUGACACGAAAAAUACCAAAAACAAUUCUACCAGUAUUUUGCCUAUUUGUUCUAACAGCCUUCAUGAAAGUCAUGCAAAUAUGCCAUCUAUAAAAGAAAAUACUCUAUUUAUUUGCAACGGAAAGGUGUAUUCACUGGCUAAAAAGAAGGCUAAUAUUUUAUCAACACUCAAGCCUAUCAAGCAAGAAAGCACAAAUGUCAGAAAACAAACAUCAGAAUUAAUUAGUUCAGUUACGGACAACACUAUAUUAAAUCAGAUUAUCAAUCUUGUAUUAUCAAAAAAUAAAAGGAUUGCAUCUAAUGUGAAAGAACCCAAAUUCAGUGACAAUACGAUACCGUAUCUAAAAUCUGAAGUAAAUAAGGAUUUUAAAGUAGAAUCGACACCUUCUACCUCACCACAUGAUAAUUUUCAAAUAAGCAGCAUCAGGCAACAUGAAGCAGUGUCCACAAGGAGUAGUGCUUCCAUUGGGAUAAAUGUUGCUCAGAAAUAUAUCAAAAAAGAAAACACGUAUGAUAGUACACAUAAAGAUCUUUCUUCUAAAGCAGCUACUGAUCCUACAUCACCACCUGUGCUACAUCAUGCAGUCAAAGAGGAAGAACAAGAGGUGCAAAUAACUUCAGGAAUGCCAAUUUGGAUGAAGCAUAUCCAAGAACAACAGAAAAAAGAUUUUCUCAAUCUUCAGUUGAGAAAAAAAUUUGGUCUCUUUAAAGAAGAAAGAGUUUAUCUUAGGAGAGUUUCAUCAGUUCCAUCUAAAAAUUCAGAAGCAUAUGUAUUUUCCAACAGUGUACAAAUGAAUGACAUUGAUAAUUUGAUGUCUAUUCCUGUGAAAAGUGAAUCUGAAAAAGAAGAAAUGAUAAUUGGAGAACAAGGAAGAAAGUUGAAUAAAAAGAGGAAGACAAAAGCAAUACCAGUUUUAGAAAAUCCAAAGAAGAGAAAAAAUGAUGUUACAACAAUGCAGAACUCCAACUUUGAGUGCAACAGCUCUUAUUCAGUAAUGGAAAACUUGAACAAUUCUUGCACACAGAACUUAUUGGAACACAAGCAUUCCAGUUUUCUUCAGUGUCCUCAUGUCUCAAAUCCUUGGGUUUGUAACAACUCUGAAGAGAACAGAGUUUUGAAUUCUACUUCGAAUUGCCAUGAAAGUGAAACUGCUCUUGGUGAAAGUUCUUUCAAAAAGGAUAUUUUUCCUUUCACCCCCCCAGACUUGGAAGAAACAAUAAAAGAUGAGAAAAUAACAAGGCUUAAAUUAUUGCUGAGAGAACGAGAGGCAGCCUUGGAAGCAGUUCGGAAAAAAAUGCAUCGAUGUUAACAAAGCUAAUUUGCAAAUUGCUGGAAUGUUACCUGUUGCUGUUCAUUUGACCUAUAAUAAAUCUAAUUUUCCUUA